AUGGGCGGCUUCUACAUUCAGUAUCUAGAGAGUCUCUGCCGGCGACGCGGAUGGCAUGACCCCAUGUAUGAGUGCUACCGGGACGCCAAUGGCUAUACCUGCCUGGUCCUGGUCAAUGGCCGCGAGUACCAGACGGAUCUCGCAUAUGAAUCGGGCAAGCUUGCCCAAGAGAAUGCGGCCAUGCGCGCCUUUAUGGUCUGCCGGAACUUCUCGGUCAAUGGGGGCAUGCUCGCCCGCAAUGGCAUCGUCCAGGGUCUACCUGCAGACGAAAGUAGCCGCAAGUCUCGUAAAGGCAGCCGCCACACGUCUUCCUCCAAUCACGGACACAGCCGCAGAUCUGGCAACCACUCCAGCAGCAGCUCAACCGCCUCAUUGGAAUGA